AUGGGCUCGUUACCACCAGCAUUACUUGCCCGUCUUCAAAAGCGUGGAAUUGUUAAAGCUACGAAUGAGGAAGUCAUUGCUGAAAGUUACGACUCUGCUGAUGCGAAGGAGAAAAAAGCUGUCGAGACCAACUCUUCCGGUGCUCCAGGAUGUCCAAAUAAGUACAACCCAUAUCAUAUAUGUACGGAGUACUGCUAUGAUCACUGGCGCGAAGGCACUCCAGAAAACAGACUUUCUGAAGCCUAUUUGCGGAAAAGGCGUCGAAUGCUCGCAAAGUUCCCUCUUCCGGAACCAUGGGUAGAGGUAUACGACGCAGGAGUUGCAAGGCACUACUACUGGAAUCAAGAUACCGAUGAGGUUUGCUGGGUUUCCCCUCGGCACCCGAUUGCAGUCAUAGGAGAAGCUGCCCCGCGACUUGCCAGGGAACUAAAGGAAAGAAUGGAAGGGACUGCUCAAAUAGAUACUCAGGUCUUUUUUAACGUUUUUUUUCAUUCCAGUUAUAAUUCAUUUUCGCACUUGUCUUUUCACUCUUUAUUAUAUGCUCUUUAUUCAGAAUCAAUCACGAUGAUUUUGAGUUGCUCCGGUAUCAAAUAUACAUUUCUUUGUCAAUAUGAAACUUCAGAGCGAGCACGACGCAAGGGUAUUGAUCCUAUGGAUCCUGCAGCUUAUGGAGACGUGCCUGUUGGGAAAUGGUCUUCUGGACUUCACGCCCAUGACAGAACAGGUGCCGAUGUCACUGCAGGUGGUCCACUCUUCCAACAAAGACCUUAUCCUGCUCCUGGUGCCAUUCUAAGGGCGCAGAAGAAAAAAGACGAUGAUGACUAG